AUGUGCUGCAACUCUACGCAGGUGAGCCUGCGGCAUGUGGCUACUUCAAGGCUUGCCCACUGCUUGGCUGUCAGGUAUCGAGACAUCUUCGAAAUGUACAAAAAGGCUGUGGCAAGCUUUUGGACGGUUGAGGAAGUUGACUUGUCCCAGGACAUUAGGGACUGGGAGAAGCUAUCAGAUGAUGAAAGGCAUUUCAUCAUGCAUGUGCUGGCAUUUUUUGCUGCCUCGGAUGGGAUUGUCAUGGAGAAUCUGGCUGUCCGCUUCAUGUCAGAGGUGCAAAUACCAGAGGCGCGGGCGUUCUACGGGUUCCAGAUAGCCAUAGAGAACGUGCACAGCGAGAUGUACAGCCUGCUGCUCGAGCACUACAUUCGCGACGUGGAGCAGAAGGAUAAGAUGCUCAGGGCAAUACAGACGGUGCCGUGCGUGGCCAAGAAGGCUGAGUGGGCGCAGCGCUGGAUCGGCAGCGGCAGCAGCUUUGCCGAGCGCCUGGUCGGCUUCGCCUGCGUGGAGGGCAUCCACUUCAGCGGCUCCUUCUGCGCGAUAUUCUGGCUGAAGAAGCGGCUGCUGAUGCCGGGGCUGACAUUCUCCAACGAGCUGGUGUCGCGCGACGAAGGCCUGCACACCGACUUUGCAUGCCUCCUCUACAGCCUCCUGCAGCACCCGCUGGACCAGGCGGUGGUGCACAGGAUAGUGCGCGAGGCGGUGGAUUUGGAGCAUGAGUUCUGCUGCGAGGCGCUGAGCUGCGCUCUGGUGGGAAUGAACGCGCAGCUGAUGGGGCAGUACAUAAACUACGUGGCUGACCGGCUGCUCGUGGCGCUCGGCUGUGACAAGCUGUACCACACCGCCAACCCCUUCGACUGGAUGGAGAUGAUCUCGCUGCAGGGCAAGACUAAUUUCUUUGAGAGGAGAGUUGGCGAGUACCAGAGGGCUGGAGUGAUGGGCAGGGCCCUGAACUCGGUGUGCUUGGAGGCAUGCCGCUACUACUUUGGACUGUCCUGGUGGACCAUCUGGUUCGAGUUCUUCAUCCUGCUCGGCACCAUCCCGGUCGGGAUUAUGGGAUUGCGCGCAUGGAAACCUGCGGUGAUGGCACUGCUCGCUGCCAACACUGCGCUGACCAUGAUCCAGGCUGACAGCUGGCUGCAGACCAAGGGCCUGGACCCGUACUACGGCCUCUUCGAGAGCCGCUGCAACGUGCUCAUUUCUGGCUACGUGCUGCUGUCAAUCUUCAACGUGCUGCUCAUCAUCGUGCUGGGCUUCAUUGAUGAGGAGGGCACCAAGAUCAGCGUCCCCCAGCAGUCUGCUUACUCCAACUCCCCGCCACCCCACACAGUCCCCACAUACCCUCCCAGGGGUUGAUGAUGCGAAUUUAUCACCACCCACCCCUGGAAUGUACUCAGCGCUCUGGGUAGACAUUGAACAAUUGUGCAAGCCCACAUACCCUCCCAGGGGGUUGAUGAUGCAGAUAAUUCACCGCCCACCCCCGGAUGUACCCAGCGCUCUGGGUGGACCUCAAAGAAUCCAUGCAAGCAUUUGUGGGUCAUGAUGUGAUGCCGUGAAGGAGUUGCCAAGAUGGGCAUGGGAGGGAGAAGGGUGGCCAUUGGCCAGACAGGAAAGGGUGUGAACUGGUAUGCAGAGCAACAUAAUCAUGUCUUUAUUGCAAGAGAUUGAGGCAUGCAGUAAGGAUAGAUCAAGCUUGCAUGGCAAGUAUUUUGUGAGAUGUUGUCAAGAUUCUCCAUUCUGUUUGUUGUUGGCACGGCAGUUAGGAACAGGAGGCAGCUUUAGAUAAGGAAGAUAAUUGCUGAGCUUGUGCUCUGCUUGCGUGACAUUCGGACUAUGUUUUGAGACCGUGGUGUCCUGCUGCAUGAAGAUCAGUGGAGCAUGUAUGCCGUGAUCUGACUAGCCAAAUGCAGACUGUCAAUCUGUUGUGCUGUGUCACAUGGUAGGACCGUGGACAGGUAAAAGUCCUCAAGCGUAUUUUUUGGAAAAACACCAUUCUUGCACAUGUAAUGGGGAUGCUAUGGAUAC